AUGAGCCUGGAGAACAAGACGAUGAUCACGGAAAUCAUUCUUCUAGGAUUUUCCGCAGAUUUCAGGACAAAGGUCGUCCUGUUUGUUGUGUUCUUGGUGAUCUACGUGGCGACUCUUGUAGGAAAUUAUCUUAUAAUCAUCAUCAUUAUUAUUAAUCCUCAUUUACGAACUCCAAUGUACUUUUUCCUCUGCAUUUUGUCCCUUCUGGAUCUGGGCAAUUCCUCGUCGGUUGUCCCGAGGAUGCUUUACCACUUACUCUCCGCUCAGAGAUCCAUAUCAUUGGGAGCUUGCACUCUUCAGUUCUACACCAUUAUGCUCAUGGGAGGUACCGAGUGUCUUCUUCUGGCCCUCAUGGCGUAUGACCGAUACGUCGCCAUAUGUCGGCCUCUCCGUUACCCCGUUGUCAUGAGAUGGAGUGUUUGUUAUCGGCUUACAGCCUUGUUGUUGAUCAUCAGCUUCUUCCUAUUUGUUUUUCCAUCGCUUUCCUCGCCUAUGGCUCUGUGCAAUCCCAACCGGGUCAACCAUUAUAUGUGCGAGCUCCUGGCCAUCAUAAAACUGGCGUGCGUCCACGUCCGCUCGAGUGAAGUCUCCAUACUUGUUUUGUGUUUCACUAGCAUCCUUCUCCCUUUUGUCUAUAUUAUUGUGACGUACGGCUGCAUUAUCGCAGCAGUGUUACAGAUCAAAUCCGCCGGCAGGUCCAAGGCUUUCUCCACAUGCACCUCUCACAUCUCUGUGGUGGCCUUGUACUUUGGGACUGGGAUGGUGAUGUACUUUGGAUCCUCAUCAGACUACUCCACGAGCCAAGGGAAAUACAUUUCUGUUUUUUAUAAUAUCGUAUGCCCGAUGUUAAACCCGAUCAUAUACAGUCUGAACAACAAAGAAGUAAAAGAAACAAUAAAGAAACUUUGUAUUUCAUCAAUAAGCAUGACAUCAUAA